AUGCCUGGACGUAGCGUCUUAGGGAAGAAAGAUUGUAAAAAACUUUUUGCCUACAUACAUGACAAAAAUUUUAAUUUGGAUGGAAAAUCGGAAAAUGAAUUGAUGAACAUUUCUGAAGAAAAUACUUUUAUAAAAGUACCUCAAACUAAAAUAACUGUUUAUUAUAAUCAUCAAGGCAACCCCAUGUUUUUUAAAGUGGAUCAACAUGUUGAUCCUGGAUUUUUCUAUAUUCCUACAAUUUAUGCUUUAAAACAGAUACCUCAUUUGAUCCCUUGCUUCACCAUUCAUCCUGACGUGAGUCGUUUUAUUCUUGGAGGGGCCGAUUUAAUGACCCCUGGAAUCAUGUUAUCCAAUAAUGAUAAACUACUUUACCCUUCUCAAUUUAAUAAAGGAGAUGUGUUUGGAAUACGUAUUCUUGGUAACGAAAUACCCUUUGCUGUUGGUGUCACGUGCCUUGAUCACACAUUGUUUCAACAAGGGAAAGGAAAAGCUUUAGAAGUAUUUCAUGUAUACGGAGAUGCUCUUUGGGUGACAGGGACUGAUGCUUCCAGAAUAUUGCCGAAAGGGAUACUUGACAUGGGCGUGGGGUCAAAAUUAAGCGUUGAUGAACCUGUUGGGGAUGUAGAAGUGCGGAAACAUCCGGAUGGUCUAGUGGAAAAGGAAGAUUCCAUUGAAAAAGAACAAAAAAAGGAGAGCUGUGAUGAUUGUAUGAUAGAAUCACAUACUAUCGGAGAAGAAAUGAUCAAAGACAAAAUGAAAGAGAAGGGUUCUAAAGUUUUUACUGAAGUUGAAUGGCCUGUUCAAAUCAUUGAUACAUUUUUAGAAUUGAAAAAAGAAAAUUGUACUGUAGAAUGUCUUACUGAAGAAGAUUACAUUAUACAAAGUCGUAGUUUGUGUCAAAGCAUACCUGGUUUUGAUCUUGAAAAAGGCAAAGAUGUGAAGCUUCUAAUCCUUCGUAAGCUAAGAGAUAGUGAGAGCUUGAAAAUCGUCACAAUUCAACGACUGCACCCUUUAUACGUCAGUUAUGCUAAAAUUCAUCAACAACUAGCAACUGAUUUCAAUAAACAAAAUUCACAUUCAUUUAUAAACUUAAACACAACAUUCAAAGCUCCCAGUAAAAAUUUUAAAUUCCCAGUGCUUAAGAAUGAAAUUGUAGAACAGCAAGACAAUAAAGUAGAAGGAUGGUGUGUUAUAAAACUUUACCAACCGAAUUCCUGUAGUCUUAGUAUUUUUAAAGAAAUCGGUAUCGUACCACGUUAUCUAAAUAAAUUUUAUGAUAAGUCUCAAUGUUUUGAAGCUGUAGCCGCCUAUAUAAACAAUCAUAAACUUUUGAUAAAGCAAGACUCAGGAACAAAUCAGGUCAUUUUAGACUCAACAUUGAAAAGUUGUGUUUUAACUCGGAAGCAUAGACAAAAAACUAAAGAAGAUGUUCCUAUUCAUCUUCCUUAUCAAGAUGUUCUGAAUCAAUUUCUGUCUCUCUUAUCCAUUUAUCAUGGAGUUUUUAUGCAAAGAUCUACCGAUUCCAAUGAUAUGAAUCAGGAGAAUCUUCGAGUGUAUCAAGGUGAAAUGAAAACAAUUCAUAUUAAAGAAGAAAAACGUCAAGGAACAAAGUGCAUUACCACAAUUCAAAAUCUUUAUCUAUUCGAUGUUGACGCGAAACGACUUGCGGAAUUAUUGAGACAAUCGGUAGCCGCUUCAGCACGUGUUGUUUGCGCGAAAGGUACGGAGACCAGCAAAAUUGAAAAUUCUCUUGUCCUUAUUCAAGGCUCCAGUUCUAUGGCUGCGAUUGACAUUCUCACUCAGCAAUUUGGUGUUCCAAGGAAAUAUAUUACAAAAUCAUAA